CAGCACGGUCCCGACAGUGCAGCACCCGGCUGUUGGCCUUCCAGGUUGUCUCACUGCCGCACCCGAGAUUGGCUCUUUUCCCGCCUGCGCCCGCGCCCGCGCCCGCAGAUGGAGGGCGUCGAGCGGGCUGCAGCGUGUGCCACAAGCCGCCUGUUGCUUUUUCCUGCCCCGGAUCGCUCACAGUGCGCCGAGCCGACCAUGGCCGCACCCGACAGCACCACUGCCCGCCGCAGUGCAAGGCGCAACAAGCCCGAUCUCAACAUUAACACCUCGCCCUCCCCGCCGCCGCCGCCACCACCACCACCGCGGGCCCCGGAGAGGGAGCGAAAGAGCAAUCGAACCCGAGGCGGCGGAGACAAGGACAGAAGCAGAGAUAGGGUCAACAACAACAUCAGCAUCAGCAACAGCAACAGCAACAGCAACAACCACAACCAAAACAACAACGGUAGAGGCGCAGACAUCGACGCCCUCCCCCGGACGCCCACCAGCGAUUCUCCAAGGGGGAGCCGAGCGCUGAGACUGCCUGACGGCCAAGGACGUGCCACGGCUGACAUUGAGACAUUUCUCGAGGGUCUUACCCCCGUCGACGUUCCGAUUGACAUGUCCAGCAAAGAAAACGAAAGCGAAAACGACGGCCCCGAACAGCAGCACCGCCCCACCGCCCGCGACUCGCACGACCUCUCGCUCUCGCCCCGUCAGGUCACACGAGACUCGCUUGUCGCCAACAUGUUGCUGUCGCUCGACCAGCUGUCAUUGGGCCAGAUGGCCACGUCGUACGGCCACUCGGGAUCGGCAUUCGACGAGCCCGCCGUGUACCCGGCCUUCAACGACGACGCGCGUGCCAUGACCUUCAGCUCCGCUUACAACUCGAGGCCCGGCCGCGGCAACGGCCACGGAUACUCGUACAGCUCCGACCUGGAAGGCGCCGACGAUGCGAGCCGCAUUUCGUCGCGCGGCCGCCGCAGCAACAGCAGCUCCGGCUACCAGCCGGGCCUGGGCCGCAUCAACAGCAUGCGAGAGCUGUCACAGCGCAGUCCGGGUCGGCACCACCACUCCCGCGGCGGCAAGGGCAGCAAGAGCAGCAGCCUGACCAGCGUCGAUGCCGGCUACGCCCAGGUCCUCGGCAGCCAGCGCUGGGCCAGGGGCUUCGGCGGCCGCUCGUCCAGCUUCGACGGUGAGCCCCGUCCGUCCGCCGCCCCGUGGCAGCUCGAGUUCAGCACCUCUUUUCUCGACGACCCGUACGACGCCGCCCCGACCCCGACCGUGCCCGGCGGCCCCCGGAAGCUCAACACGGUCCCGUCAAUGCCCGUCAUGUCUCCCUCGGAGCCCACCAUGUCCGAUCCGAAAGCAGCAUCCGCCAAAGGCGCCGCCGGCCCGGAACGCGGGCGCAGCACUCGCUCCUCGAGAAGCGCUACCGUCGGGCGUAAGCCCGAGCCCAAGUUCAACCCCGUGCGCGACCCUCCCCCGCUCCCCGUUCUCGAUCUCGACUCCGCCCCCGCACCCCAUAUCGGAUAUGAGAAGACCAAGGAGGCGUUCCCGCCGUCUGCCACCCAGCCGCAGAAGGAAAAGCAGGGCUUCUUUAGGAGGAUGUUCGGGUCGUCCAAGACAGCCCUGUCGAGCAGCUCCUCGUCCCCGCAGGCGUCGGCGUUCUCAUCCCACCAGCCCAAGCCAUCUGCGCCGCCGUCCCGCGAUUCGGCCCAUCCGACCGCCCACACCCUCCAGAAGAAGACGUCUUCCUUCUUCCGGAGGCGGAAGCACUCGGUCACGGACACGGAGCCCCCCCCAGUGCCGGCAGUGCCGCAGACCAAGCUUCCCCUCGAGAGGGUUGAGGCCCUCUCGGUGAAACCGGAGCCGAGCCCCAUCACGAGCUUGCGACGGGCUAUGGACCCGUUCUUGCAAGGGAGCCCGGUUUCCUCCGUCGCACUGGCGUCGCCUGAUGCUCCGUUGCCGUCGGUGGAGCCUCGUGAUGACCCUCCCCCUCCCAAUGAGAAGAAGCCGGGCGGGCGGGGCGCUGCCGAGGACGACGACGGCCGCGUGCCGAGAGGCUUCUCGCCAGACUACGAGCCGAGCCCAAGGGCCGUCAUCCGCAAGGUUGACUCGGAGCCCCCGGCUUCUCGUCCCGUAGCCACGCCGAGCCGUUCGCCCGGAGAGGCGCCCGUCGACUCCCCGCCCAAGUCCUUCCUGCGGGACAACAGCGACAGCGAGGACAGCCCCGUACGCCAGCGCAAGCCGCCGCGUUCUUCGGAGCCCCGGGAGAAGAGCCUGAGGCCGGGUCCGCAGGCCGACGGGCGCACGAGGUCGCCCUCGCCGGUCGUGUCGAAAUCCAAGAGCGUCCCCAACCUCAACAAGGAAGCUCGUCUGUCGGCCCGGCUCGAGCCGAAGCCGUCGCCCCCUAUCCGGACAGACCGCCGAGACUCCGACACCCUCGGGCUCUCUCCCGGGGCUGGCGGCGAGACCGCGCACAAGCACAGGGUGCCCAGCCUGCGGGUUGACAGCGCGGAGCCGAGUCCGAAGGGCACGGGCACGGGCACGGGCGAGUCCGUCAGCCAGUCUGCCAAGUCGAUCGACGAGCCCGAGGUCGUGGUCGGCGACCCGACCGAGGACGAUCGUCAGAAGGCCAAGCAGAUCUACGAAGGAAACGAGGACUUUAUCCAGAAGGACAAGGCCGCCGCCUGGAUGGGCGAAGAGGGCAUCGUGCGCCAGCGGACGCUGCGGGCCUACAUGGAGCUCUACGACUUUGAAAACCGGAGCAUCGUCGCCAGCCUGCGGAUGGUCUGCCAGCGGCUGCUCCUCCGUGCGGAGACGCAGCAGGUCGAUCGUAUCUUGGUGGCCUUCUCGAAGCGCUGGUGCGAGUGCAAUCCCAACCACGGCUUCAAAUCGAUUGACGUCAUUCACACCAUCUGCUACUCCAUCAUCCUGCUGAACACGGAUCUGCACAUGGCCGACAUCGAACACAAGAUGACGCGGAGCCAGUUUAUCAAGAACACCAUGACCACCAUCAAAACCGCCCUCGAGGACUCGGCCCCCGAAGCGUUCGACCGGCCCAGCAUUCUCCCGGGGAAGGGCAACCUGGAGAGCGAGGGCCGUACGUCGGAGGACUUCAAGCACAACAGUUUCCGAGCGUCGUUCAAGCCGCCACCGCGCCCCGGCUCAGCCCUGGGCGCCUUUUCCGACCAGGCCCCCGGUGACAGCUGUGGCCCGCUCGUCAAGGCGCCGUUCGACGGGCCAUUCCGAGCCUGGGAGAACCAGGUCGAGAUCGUGCUCAAAGACAUCUACGCUUCGAUUCGCGACGAUCGCCUGCCGCUGUUUGGUGCCGAGUCUCUCCAGCAGAAUCCGAACGGGCUCUCGGUCAUGGGCAUGCUCAAGCGGUCGCCCAGCGCGCUGAGCAAGGCGCCAUCGGAAAGCGUCGCUUCCACAAGGGGCCGAGUUCCCGACGGGGCUAAGGCCAAUUCGUCGAGAUGGAACACCAAGAGCCGCUCCAGGCCUAGAGGCUUCAACACGGGCUUCUCGUCGAGCAGGACUAGCUUUGACGACGGCAACUCGGUCUGGACACCCACCGACUCUUCAGCGACCUGGAGCAAGCUCUCUCUCGGCAGGACGCACACGUCCAUGUCGAUGGACUCCUUUGGCUCGGCGUACCCGCGCGGCGACUUCCACCAGUCCAUCGGCUUCGCGAACGCGCUGAGCCAGGCCAUUAUCCGCGAGGACACCGCUCUUGAGCCGACUAAGGACGACGUAAAGAAUGCGCAGCUACUCGAAGACGAGUCUCUGGAGCUUGCAGGCCCGCCGUGGGUCAAGGAAGGCAUCGUCACGCACAAGCACCAUCUCGACGGCAUCGACAAGCGAGCCCGAGACCGCAACUGGCAAGAGGUCUUUGCCGUCAUCCAAAAGGGGCAGCUCAGCCUCUUCUCCUUCUCGCCGAACAAGACGCUCCGCCACAAGAACCGUCGGGGCCUCGGCGGGAAUCCGCCCAAGGGCGCCGUCGUUGGCGGCGGCAACUGGCAGGACAAUGCCACGAACCUGGGCACCUUCUCGCUCCGCCAGACGCUCGCCUCGGUGCUGCCCCCACCAGGAUACUCGCGCAGCCGCCCCCACGUCUGGGCUCUCUCCCUCCCGACCGGCGCCGUCCACCUGUUCCAAGUCGGCACGCCGGAGAUCUGCAAGGAAUUCGUCAACACCGCCAACUACUGGGCCGCCCGACUUAGCACACACCCGCUCGUGGGCGGCAUCUCCAACAUCGAGUACGGCUGGAGUGACGCGGUCAUCAACAGCGCCACAACCGCUGCCGCCGUCGCCGCAGCCGCCGCCAACGACAGCACCGCUAAUGGCGGCGGCCGUCCCGCGAGUGGCAACAAGAGCCACUCCCGCACAGGCAGCGCCGUCAACGCCGCCGCCGUGGCCGCCGCCAACAUUGCCGGCAUCGGCCGCUCCUCCAUGCAAUCCGGCCGCUCCAUGCGCUCCGCAUCCUUCGACUUUCCCGUCCGCCCGGGCUCCGGCUCCUCUGGCAUCCUAGGAGCCGCCCUCGCCCGCCCCUCGACCAACAACAACAGCGGCGGCGGCGCCAAUCACAUUAGCAAUGGCGGCAGCAACCCGCACCACAAGCUCCCCGGCGACCGCAUCCACAUCACCGACUGGGUGCCCCCGGCCCCGUCGAUGCGCCCCUCCGCGCUGGCGGAACCGGAGCAGCUCGAGUCGCUCCAGGCGUACGUGCGCUCCGUCGAGGCGGAGCUGCAGGCGCACAACGCGCUCCGCUCGCCCAUGCUGGGCGCCUUCUCGCCCCGCAGCGCCAACGCCGCCAAGGCCAUGGCCAACUGGGAGCGCAAGAGCGAGUACCUGCUCCGCGAGAUCGUCAAGUUCCGCACCUACGUCGACAGCCUGCUGGCGGCCAAGGCCCGCGCCGAGGAGAUCUACGCCGAGCGGAACGGCGACAAGCGUCAGGGCGGCGGCGGUGAGAUUGGGAAGGCCGGGCAGGAGGAGGAUGGUGGUGAUGAUGAUGCUAAGCGUGAGGGUAACGGCGACGGCAUCGCCGUGGGCGAGGAUGGCGAGGUUGUCUUUGCCGGGUUGGGCGUUCCGGGGGGCGGCGGGACGGGGGGUCGGCCGGUCGGCUGAGUUGAGUGUGACGUUUUGACUCUUGGCUGGGUCGAUAAAGCAGAGAUCAGGUUCGGAGGUGUCUGUGUGUGUUGCCUUGUUGCAGGGAAAGAAAAAGGAGGUGGAGGGAAGGUAAUGUGCCAAUGUGGUUGGCUGGAAGAGAAGAAGGAUGUCAGAGAUGUGGUCGUCACAAAACACACCCACACACACCCACACACAUACACGUAUACGCACGCGCACACGAACACCCGUGGGAGAAGUGGUAAGGGGAUGAGUGGAUGAAAGGGAUUGGAUCACGCAUGACGCAAUGAUCGAUCGAUAGGCCUUUGCCGGUCUGUCUUUGUUUGACUGCGGGGGAAGGUUUGUUUGGCUGUGGGGAGGGGGAGCAUGACCGUGGGCUAGACACAGCACUUGUUUCUUCAUUUUUUCCUUUGUCAACUCUUCACCAUGUUUGCCGU